GAACGGCAAAACGAACGCAAUGAUACUAAACGCACUCUGUUCUGUGACAUAACCUUAUUUUGUUAUUCUUAAAUUUUGGCGCUCAGCUAUUAUGAAAAUAAAGCGAAAUUACAUACACUUUUAUAAUUUGGAAAUUUAAAUAAUGAAACAUCUAAAAGGCCAUUUUUCAACCCCAACUACAAUGUUACAAGUGAAAAAUUCUGACGAAAUACUAAAAUCUGUGAAAAAUGCUGAUUUAACAGAAAACGUCUUAAAUGUAGACAUAGACGAAAAUGUAGGCCUAAAGAAGUGGAAACGAAAAAGGAAAAAGAAAAGAAAAGUUUCUGAUCCGGCAGUUAGAGAUGUAACAGAAUUAUUAUCAACUAAUUUAAAACUUAUAUCUCCUAGUAAAUCUCCUGAAUCAAAGAAUGUAAAUUUGGAUGUUGACUUUUCUGGAAGGGUUAUUAAAGAAAUUCCACCUACCCCUAUGAAAGAAAACACACCUAAAAACAGUGCUUCAAUACCCAAAAGAGAUGCCUUUCAGUUUAUGAUGGAAAGAAGAAACCGAAGCAUAGGUUUAAAUUCACCUGGUAAAGAAUUAGAUAAAGACACAAAUAAUAUUGAUAAUAUCGAUAACAAAGCAAAACUUGCAUCUAGAAGACAUAUUUUCUCUAAUUGGUCUGAUAAAAAAGGCGCUAUUAAACGAAAAAGAUUUGAAGAAGAAAAGGAUGAAAUUAUUGAACACAAAUUGAGUAAGAGAGCAAGAAGAUUGAAAAACCUUUUAAAUGUUGAAGAAGAAGAAACAAAAAAAAGCUUAACACUAAAAUUUGUUAAAAGUAGGAUAAGGAAGUUAUCUAGUAGUAGUGAAGAUAGUGAUUUUGAUGAGCGAGAUGAAAUUAUAGAAAGCAAUAAGAAUAAAAAAAGAGAUUUCGCUAAGAAAAAAAAUGUAGAGAUAGAUAUAAAGAAUACCAAUUCAAUAAAAACAGUGAAAAAGGCUAAAAAUCAAUAUAAAGAACUUGAAAAUAAUCAGACACCUGUCAGAUACAAUAAAGGAAAUAUAUUAUCAUUUAUAAAAUCAGAGCAGUUAAAUAAUAUAAAAAGAGAAGAGAAUGAUUCAGUAAAAGAUAAAAGUAAAACUAAAAGUAAUAAAUGCAAUGAAAGUUAUAAAAUAAAUACUAAAAACAAAAAUAUUCACACUAAACAUAAAGAUGAUAAAAUUUCAGAAAAAAAUAUUGAAAAUUCUUAUAGUAACAUGAAAGACACAUUUCCAAAAGGUAAACAAAAGAAAAAGAAGGAAACAAGAGAAUCAAUUAAUGUUUUAGAUGAAUCAAGUCAGGAAAGCAUGAAUUUUACUCCACGAAUCUUGAGGUCUUGGAAAAUGAAAAUAAAAGUGAAUAUGGAUGGAAAUGGCAACAGAGACUUGAGGACUAAAAAUCAAAUUAAAUAUGCUGAAGAUUGUAUAUCUAUUGAUUCACAGGAAAAUGAAAUUAAUUUAUCUUCUGAAAGUGAAGAAGAUAUUGAUAAAAAAACAGAAGAAAGAUGUGUUAAAAUGGCACCUGUAUUUAUGAAAGCUGUUCCAAAACCAAGAGAAGAUCCCUCUGUUGUAGAAGCUAGAAAACAAUUCCUAUUGAGUGGUAUUCCUACUUCAUUAAAAAAAGCAAUUGGAAAACAAAACAGUUUUGCCGAACAGUUAGAUGUGUUUCCCACUACACAGCAUAUUCAACAAAAAUCUGACAAUCAUUUUUGGAACUUAACUGAACCAGAACUAAACAUGACUACAUUUUCACCACUAAAGGUUUGCUAUAAUGACUUAAACUGUCAAAAAAUAACUAAAUGUCACAUAAUACGAAAUAUAAAUAUAGACAAAGAAGUUAAAAAAGUUGAUAAACUAAAGAUAUUACUAAACAAAAUUAAAUCUGAAAAUCCUUAUUAUCCUGUAUAUAAAUCAUUUAAGCAAAUACAUACAAAAAGUGGACAUACACUUGAUAAUGAAAGUGAAACCAAAAAUACAGAAAAACGAAAGCAUGGACGAAAAAGGAAAAAGAAUACACAGAAAGAUCCCAAGCAGCUUAAUCAAAUAGAAUCAGAAUCAGUUGAAUAUACCAUGUGGACCGAAAAGUAUAAGCCCAAAUGUUGUGAUGACAUAAUUGGAAACCCACAAGCUAUCAGAAAUUUGAAAAAGUGGAUGAAUGGUUGGAAAAACUUUAACCAAGAAAUCAAUUCUAGAAAGGGAAGAUGCAGUAAUACAAGUGAAUCAGAAUUUGAAAAUACAGAUUGUGAUAGCAAGGAUAGCACAAGGUUACCUGGAAAAAUUAUUGUAUUAGCAGGGCCUUGUGGUAGUGGAAAAAGCUCUGCAGUCUAUGCCGUUUGUAAAGAAUUGGGUUUUAAUGUAAUCGAGAUAAAUGCUUCAAGUAAAAGAACUGGAAAACGCCUGCUUCAAGAAAUCCAAGAGGCUACUCAAUCCCAUCAAGUUCAGAGCGAUCCACAAAAUUUUCAGAAUUACUUAUUUAAUUCUCAAAGAGAUAAAUCAAAGUCGUCUGAGCAACAAAGUGACCAAAAAAUGUGUGUUAUUUUAAUAGAAGAUGUAGAUAUUGUUUUUGAACAAGAUGAUGGAUUUAUAUCUGCUCUUAUACAGUUAACAACAACUAGUAAACGACCUCUAAUUGCAACUACGACUGAUUAUCAUUCAAUAUUUGUACAAAAAUAUUUAAAUCAGUAUGAAUAUAUUCAAUUUUUACCACUGUCUUCAUAUUCUCUGUCUACGUGGCUUCAGAUUGUGUUUCUUUGUGAAGGAUUGUACAUAUCCCAAAAUGAAAUUGGAAGCUUUUUAGAAUAUAACAAAGGAGAUAUAAGAAAAACUUUGCUUCAAUUCCAAUUUUGGGUCCAGUCAGGUGGCCAGAUAUUGCAAAAUGCAAUGCCAAUCAAAAUAGAAUACAAUCAACGUAAUUGUGAAGAACAAUUAGAAGUAGAUGAAGAUAACAAGGAAUUACUCAUAGAUGAUAAUAUAGACCAUACAUUUUUUGAACACAAACAUUGCUUUCGAAGUUUUGAAAUAUUAGAACUGGAGGAGUCAUUUAAAGUGCCCUUUUAUUUAAAGAUGGGUUUACUUUGGUGGAACAUCCCUAAUAUCCUUAGUAUUCCAGAUUAUUCAAGACAUAGAAUUGAUAAACUAAAAGGCAAUAUUAUGGAAAUGAAAUCACCUGAUAUUUCCAAACAAGCCAAUAAAGAAAAAUUACACCUAAUAAGUAAAGUAUAUGAUUCGCUGAUAUAUGCAGAUGUUACAUUUAAAAUUAUAAAAUACUAUGAUGGUGUAGAACCUUUAGUUAGAAAAGGUGUUAAACUAGGUGAUAGUUUAGAAUUACGUGAAAUGACAGAGAAUAGAAAUAGCGAUUUAGAGUUUGUUCAUGAUUUGACCCACACUUUGGUGAAUGGAUCCAUUAAAAAUUAUACAAAAACCUACGAGGACUGUCGACUGAAUGUCACUUUGCCCAAUAAAAGUGAAAGGAGGUGGAGAACAAAACUUCAAGAAUAUGAAAAUGUUUACCGAGAUGCCAUACCAGUAUCAACUGAGAAAAACUCAACUGCUCUUGACUACAUGCCUGUUUUACGUGAUAUUACUAGGGCAGAGUGCGCGCGAGCGGCAAAUAAUACCAAGCGUGGAAAUCGUUUUAGGAACUAUUUAAGAGAGUUGGGUAUACAUUGCAAUGAAAUUACCAAUACAGUGGCUUGUAACGUUUUAAGUAAAUUUAUUUAAGUGUAAUAGAAGUUAUGUUUAUUUUAUAACUAAGAAAAGAUUAUUAGAUAAUUUUUCAAGUUAAAAAAUCUUGUACUAUUGACCAUUUGCAUUGCUAGUCGUUAAAAAAUAAGCGAAGCUGAAAAUUAUGUUUUUAAUGUGAAAAUGUCAUUUUAAACUUAUUGGCUUAUUUUUUAACGACUAGCGUUGCAAAUGAACCUGUAUAAUUUUUCAAACCAUUAUCUUUAGAUUAUAAUUUUGAAAGUAACAAUUUUAGACUAGUGGUGUUCUACUUAUUGUGUAGUUUAAGAAAUGAAAAUAUCUUUAGUUUUUAUAUUGAAAUAACAUUAUACAGGUUGUUAAAAUAUACGUAGAUAUUAAAGCA